GCUGAAGUCAUACCUUUACUAUUAUACAGUUAUAUGUAACAUAUAUAGUAUAUAGUAUAUAUUGUAAUUUUCGUCAGCUAAAAGCAGCUGGAGAGGGAAAGAAACUUGGGGAAACCAGGUUUGAGGGACUGCGCGCGCUACCGCGGCAGUCGGAGGAGCACUUUUCUGUAACACCGGAAACAAAACAGUCUGUCAUGUGAUUUGUGCGCGUGCCUCUUGUCAAGUGGGAAGCAGGAGUAGCUGCUGGAUGUAAAGUCUUUUUAAAAGGACACAAAGAAGCUGCUGAGCGCUCUGGACAACAUAGAAAAACACUGGCCGCCAUGGCGGAUGAUUUGAAGAGAUACCUGUACAAACAGUUGCAAAGUGUUGAAGGUCUUCAUGCUAUAGUAGUGACAGACAGGGACGGUGUCCCGGUGAUCAAAGUUGCCAAUGACAACGCCCCUGUCCACGCUCUUAGACCUGGCUUCCUGUCCACUUUUGCUCUGGCCACAGAUCAGGGCAGCAAGCUGGGCCUCUCCAAGAACAAGAGCAUCAUCUGCUACUACAACACCUACCAGAUCGUGCAGUUCAAUCGGUUACCACUGGUCAUCAGUUUCAUCGCCAGCAGCAACGCCAACACAGGUCUCAUCAUGAGUCUGGAGAAGGAGCUGGCUCCACUAAUAGAGGAGCUGAGGCAGGUGGUGGAGGUGACAUAAGCUCCGAGAGACAGGACAACCGUGAGCAGGAUCCACAGCAGAAUCCCCAGACUCCAUCACAUCCUGCUCUCUGAAUCUCUCUCUGUCUCUAACGGUGCAUUCAGGUCCUGUCUGAAAACCGGUCUGGAGGUUUUUACAGUCCCAAGUUAUGUUAGCGUCUUUAUCUGUUUACAUCAUGAUUGAAAUUUCCUGUUCAUUUUUGCUUUCUGCCAUGUUGUGUAAAAUUUGGGUGCUUCUCAUCAGCAUUUUCACAGCUCUGACAGUUUAUAUGUCAAAUCAAAUGUCUCAAUAAAUGUUUCAUUUUCAGCACCUGAA